AUGUUCUCGCCGACACUGCGUAAGAUGCGGGUCAACGAUGCCAGGAGACAGAUCGAAAUGUUCGAAAGGUCAGUGGCACGGGCGUCACAAUUAGCCAGUCUUGAAGUAGUGACCAAGUUUGCCGCUUCCAACGUGGCCAUAUCAUACGAUCUUGACUGGGAUUUGGAGGAGGGUGCCCUAGAAGACACCUGGGAAGGGUAUGAGUCUUCAUUAACAGAUUCCGACACGGAAAUGAAAAGCAGCGAUGGCCAAGGAUCCGCAGAUCGACCACCUCGUGUCGACAGGUUGCCCGACGAGAAUGACCCGGCAGACCGUCGUUCAGAUAUCAAUAGUCUUCUAUGGCUCCUCACAGCAUCAAACAUCGAACCCGAUCACGUCUACCGCAACACAUCACGCACAGAAGCCAGUGAUUCCGAUGUGUCUAUGGCUGAUUCUGAGGAUAUCGAACAGCGCACUAUUGACAUGGCAGAAGUGCAGCGCGAGCCAGAUACUCAAUCUGGCAGGCUAGAGAGCGCACAAACUCCAGAGAUGUCGACAUCAGUAAAUCCACCUGAGCCCGGAGUCAAUAUCGCAACCAUCGGCGCACCGCUAGCAACAGAUAAUGAACUGUCCGCAAAGCGAUUCCCCCCGGGGAUUCAUAUCGAGCAUGUUGAGAACGUCGAGAGGAUCGAAGGUACCGAAUAUGGAGAAGACGUGGGAUCUCUCGAUAUGGCACAAUUGGAGGGCUCAUCCCAAUCUGCUAUGCCUCGACCCAAGGACGUUGAACAACAAGUCUUGUCCCCUAGUACCGAGAAAAAGCCUGCAAGAAUCACACUCGAAUUCUUAGAGAGUAUCUGGGACCACUGCAACAUCUUGAAGGAUUUCUGCGAGUGGGUAGAUGCGCACGAGUGCAAUCGAACGAACCUACGCAAGAUGCUCCGAGAGCCCUUGAAUAGGAGUCGGUCGCGCCAUCGAAAGCGCACUUCGUUGCCCUAUCCCCCGUACGGACGAUCAAGGAGCCCGCUGGGAGUGACUAUGACGACAGAGUGGGAUGAACAAGACCCAAAGCCCGCAUAUUCAGCAGAACGCGUGAAGUGGUAG